AUGGCUCGCAUCCCAGGUUUCUUCUUAUUUUCAAUGCUUGUGUACCUUCACACAAUAACAAGCACUGUACAAACAUGUGAAACAAGAUACUGCGGAGACCCAGAACUUGGACCCUCAAUUCAGUAUCCUUUUUAUUUGAAAGAAGUUGAAAGCGAUGAUUGUGGGUACCCAAACUUCGGAGUUUUCUGCGACGACCGAAACCAGACAUUGAUCACACUCGGAAAUGCCGGAGAUUUUGUCGUCAAAGAGAUCUCUUUGGAGGACCAUCAAGCUUGGAUGAAUGACCCAAAUCAUUGCCUUCCCUCGCGCUUCAUCCACGACUUGGACCUUCAACUUCAAAGUUCGCCUUUCCGGUGGAGCACCGAUUACUCUACUGUCGUGAACGUCGACUUUCUCAACUGUACUACCCCAGUGCCGGACUCCGCUCAGUUCGCUCACAAAAUACCUUGCCUCAGCAGUUCCGACAGCGACAAUUUAUCCGUCAUCGCUGUUUUGUCGGAUCCUGCCUUUCCAACAACAUCGAUGUCGUUCCCCGGAUGUGGGUUCAUUUCCUCCUCUUUAGUUCCUGUUGAUAGUUUUGGACCGGAGCAAUUGUGGAAGAACCUUUACUCCGACAUGCGGCUGAAAUGGAAUAACCAGCCUAACUGCAUACUCCCCGCGAAUCUGGAUCCUGAUAAUCAACACAAUGCUUGCUAUGAGAACAAUCUUCUAAACCCAGAUGGAGAUCCUCCACAUUACAAAAUAUACAAAAUAUUAGUGGUCGGAGUAACUGGAGCGGUAUGCUUUUGUGUGGCUGGACUUGCCCGUUUAUUAUGCGCUGAGGUGGAGCCGAACGGUUUGCCACGGCGGAGGAUGAACGUGGAGUUAGAGAGAAACACGGCGGAAUCCGUUGAUGUGGCAAUGGGGCUGGACGAGUCAACCAUCGAACAGUAUCCGAAAACCCAGGUUGGUCACAGUGGAAAAUUGCCGAAUCCAAGCGAUAAUGUUUGUUCGAUAUGUCUGAGUGAAUACGAGCCUCUGGAAACAUUAAGAACCAUUCCUCACUGUAAUCAUUAUUUUCAUGCCCAUUGUAUAGAUGGCUGGCUCAAGAAGAAGGGCACGUGUCCCUUGUGUCGUCAUCUUCCCCAUGGGUCUUCUUAG